GAAAACCACAGAAUAAAUACUAUAUUAUAUAAAGGGAAAAAAAUAAAAUCAAAAUCUUUGGGAAGAAAAGUCCUGCAAAAUCCAGAAAGGAGAGCGUGAUUCCAGCCAUUUUUGCUUUUGCAAUCCUUCAAUAUCUUGCUUUGUGGGCCCCCCCACCCCCAGCCACCCCCAACAACAUUUUUGUCACUUGUUUUCAAUUCUUGAUCUUUCUGCAAUUUCUUCUAUGUAACAUUUCCAAGAUCGGAUCUUUUUUUUAAAAAAAAAAACAAAAAACUGUGGGGUUUGGUUUGACUUGCAUAGGAACUUGUAGGAUCAAGAUGGGUUCAUUUCAUUGAAGAAGUUUAACCUAACCAGCUAUCUCCACACUCCUUUUUAAGUUCUUGGUUUUGGGUGAACUUGCUCAGUAUCUGAGUAGAUUUUUCCUUCAGAAAAUGUAUAGAGGCAAUGGCACUAACACUCAACUUCCUAUUUUCGUGGAUGAGAAUGGUUUGCAGUAUCCUGCUAGUGCACCAAAUCAACUUCAAUUAUUUGGAAGCUUCCCGCUUGGAUCCACUGCUGAUCCUGUAAAUUAUUUUGUAAAUGAGCAUGCUACACCCCUGAUUCGGCAUAAUAAACGAGGCAGGGAAGCAGAAGGUGUUUCCAGGCAGCAAAAGCUUCAAAUUUCCUUGAAUCAUAAUUUGGUUCAUGAUGACACUGAACGGCCAGCAAAUGUUCCUGUACAAAAUCCUGUAUCAACUGGUUUAAAACUGUCAUAUGAUGAUGAUGAACCCAACUCUUCUGUCACUUCUGCAAGUGGAAGUAUGAAUGCACCAGCAUCAGUUAUAAUGUCUCUUGGUGACAACAUUAAGACAGAAAUGGUGCGCCAGAAGAAAGAAUUUGAUCAGUAUCUUAAGACUCAGGAAGAAACUUGGGCUAGAGGUGUGAGAGACAUAAAGCAGAGACAUAUGGCUUCACUACUGAGUGCAGUUGAGAAAAAUGUUGGCACUAAGUUGCACGAGAAGGAUACUGAGUUAGAGAACAUAAAUCGGAAGAACAGAGAACUAGUUGAACGGAUGAAGCAAGUAACAGCAGAGGCACAAAAUUGGUGUUACAGAGCCAAGUGUAACGAAUCUUUAGUCAGCACUUUAAGAACGAACCUUCAGCAAGCGAUGCAAUCUGCUGAACAAGGAAAAGAAGGGACAGGAGACAAUGAGCUAGAUGAUGCUGUAUCCUACAAUAGGCUCAGCAAUAUCCCUAGUGGUUCUGGCAAGUGUACAUCGACGAAAAAAGGCAUUAUCUGCAAGGUAUGCAAAUCAAAGGAGGUAUCCAUCUUAUUGAUGCCUUGUAGACACUUGUGUUUAUGUAAAGAUUGUGAAGGAUUAGUUAGUGUAUGUCCUAUCUGCCAGUUGAUGACAAGUGCUAGUGUUGAGGUGUUCUUGUCUUGAAAUAUGAACAAAAAUAACACUGUGCUAGUGUUGAGGUGUUCUUGUCUUGAAAUAUGAACAAAAAUAAAACUAAGGCAGAAGAAAUAAUCUCACACAUUUUAGAUGAUUAUUGUGGAUUUACUUACUGUACAGAAGCAACUUCUUGAAAUUGGAGUUUAACUAUCAUGAUGAUUGAUUAGAUUACUUUGGCUA